CCCCCUGUCACGUCAGAGGGAACCGGGCGGAGCGGCCAACAUGGCGGAGCGCAGGCGACACAAGAAGCGGAUCCAGGAAGUUGGUGAACCGUCUAAGGAAGAGAAGGCCGUAGCCAAGUAUCUUCGAUUCAACUGUCCGACGAAGUCCACCAAUAUGAUGGGUCACCGGGUCGACUACUUUAUAGCUUCAAAAGCAGUGGAUUGCCUUCUGGAUUCAAAGUGGGCAAGGGCCAAGAAAGGAGAGGAAGCUUUGUUCACAACCCGGGAGUCUGUGGUUGACUACUGCAACAGGCUUUUAAAGAAGCAGUUUUUUCACCGGGCACUAAAAGUAAUGAAAAUGAAGUAUGAUAAGGACAUAAAGAAAGAAAAAGAUAAAGGAAAAGCUGAAAGUGGAAAAGAAGAAGAUAAAAAAAGCAAGAAAGAAAGUGUAAAGGAUGAAAAGACAAAAAAGGAAAAAGAGAAAAAAAAAGAUGGUGAAAAGGAAGAAUCAAAAAAAGAAGAAACUCCAGGAACUCCCAAAAAGAAGGAAACUAAGAAAAAAUUCAAACUUGAGCCACAUGAUGAUCAAGUUUUUCUGGAUGGAAAUGAGGUGUAUGUGUGGAUCUAUGACCCAGUUCACUUUAAAACAUUUGUCAUGGGAUUAAUUCUUGUAAUUGCGGUAAUAGCCGCCACCCUCUUCCCUCUCUGGCCAGCAGAAAUGAGGGUGGGCGUCUAUUACCUCAGCGUGGGUGCAGGCUGCUUCGUGGCCAGUAUUCUCCUCCUCGCUGUGGCCCGCUGCAUCCUGUUCCUCAUCAUCUGGCUCAUCACUGGAGGAAGGCACCACUUCUGGUUCUUGCCAAACCUGACUGCUGACGUGGGCUUCGUUGACUCCUUCAGGCCCCUGUACACACACGAGUACAAAGGACCAAAAGCAGACUUAAAGAAAGACGAGAAGUCAGAACCCAAAAAGCAGCAGAAGUCCGACAGUGAGGAAAAGUCAGACAGUGAGAAAAAGGAAGAGGAGGAGGGGAAAGUCGGAGCAGGGAGCCCGGGGACAGAGGGCUCAGGGGGAGAGCGGCACUCAGACACAGACAGUGACAGGAGGGAGGACGACCGCUCCCAGCACAGUAGUGGGAAUGGGAACGACUUUGAGAUGAUCACAAAGGAGGAGCUGGAGCAGCAGACGGACGGGGACUGUGAGGAGGAGGAGGAGGAGGAUGCCGGAGAGACGCCCGAGUCCUCACAGGGAAAGUCGUAAUCGGGCUGAUGGGGACUGGAUCCGCACAAGAGGUGGAGUUUCUGCGUUGGUGACCGUCAUAAUGUACACUCGGCAUUUGUAGCGUUCUUUAAAUCUAUUUACUGAAAUGUAUUUGACAUCCAACGAGUUAUAUUCAGUUUUUCAUCGUAUAGAAUAUUGGUACUAUUACUGGUACAGUUUAAAGCCAUUAAUGAGUUUUAUUCACUUGAUAAUUUUACAGUAAAUGGGUCUCAUUCACUUUGACAGUUAUCAAAGAUGCAUUUUCUACAGUGACAUUUAGAUGAAUGGCAUUUUUGAUAGUUGAAUGGCUUUUUACUGUUAAACUAAUCAAAUAACUUUAAAAGGAAUAAAGAAACUCCAACAUUUCAGAUUAUGCAUAGUUAUGUAGCCAUUUCACAGUUUCUUUAAGAUGCUUAAAACUCAUUGUUCUUCAUAGGUAAGUUUUCUUUUCAAUUAUAAAAUUAUACCAGGAAAUUUCUUUUAAGAUUCUUAGUUAGCAGGGUUAGAAGCAUUUUGUGGAAACAAGCCAGUAGUAUCAACCGAGCAGCCCCUUCAGUUUAGCUACAAAUUCCCCUUCCAGUGCAGGAAAUCCAGACGGUCGUCUCCAGCACAGAGUGAGCAGCGUGGUCGGGAAGUGGUGGCUCGUCCCCAUUUCCUUGUCGUAACAUAAAAUGUAUUCUGUACAUAAUUUACAAAUAAAACAUUUUAUUUUAAUUGUUACUUAUUAGACAUUUCUCAACACUUAAAUUUGUAAAAUUAAGACCAUAUAAGGGUAUGUUUCUAGAGAAAUGGAAGUUUCAGUAACCCAGAGACCAUCUGUGAUCUUUCUAUAGCAGCCUCAGUUCUGUGCCAACAUUCCAUAUAUUUGAAUCUGAGUAAAAACUGAUCUGUAUUAAAUAAGGGCAGGCUUGAAUUAGCUGUUUGUAUGCCUUAAUGUUCACUUUGAUUUAUUUUAAAUCUUUACAUUCAGAAAUGGGGUACUGUAUUAUCAGACUAGGAGGCAUUGCUAUGAAAGAUAAUUUACUGUUCUAAAAUACCAAUUUAAAAUAAAAGAAACAUAAGA